AUGAGUAGAAGGAAUGGAAAUGGUCCUAAACUUGACUUGAGGUUGAAUUUAUCACCACCAAGGGUUGUUAACCAUCAGGACCAACACCAGCACCAGUACCAGUACCACAUUGAUCAACAAGAGUCGUUAUCGCCUAAUAGAUCAUUGGCAACAUCACCAACAAGCUCAUGUGUGUCCUCAGAGGAUUCGCCAUCUCAUCAACGCCGCGAUCCUAAUAGCCCUGAAACAACAACAUCCAUGGUGCUAGUUGGAUGUCCAAGGUGUAUGAUGUAUGUCAUGUUAGCUGAGGUUGAUCCAAGAUGCCCUAAAUGCAAAAGCACUUGUUUGCUUGAUGUAAUUCAUGAAUCCAACAAUUGUACUACUAGGAGAAGGAUCACUUAA